AUGCAGGCUGAGGGGGACAUUGAGGGUGGGCGGCUCGAUGACAAUCAAGGACGCAACCGUAUUUCAAAUGGCGAGGACCAUAACACGAUACCAGUUGCUAAAGAAGAGAAAGACUCGACUCUGGUGGACUGGAAUGGCCCCGACGAUCCGGAAAACCCUCAAAACUGGAGCGCAUUGCGGAAAUGGAUGAUCACAACCAACAUGGGUUUGGUGGCAUUUUGUGCUACUUUCUCCUCCAGUAUUUUUAGCACAGCGACCGCUGCCACGGCUUCCGAGUCUAAUGUAUCUCAGGAGGUUAUGAUCCUGGGGACUUCCGUGUUUGUCCUAGGAUUCUCCUUCGGGCCAAUAUUUUGGGGCCCACUAUCAGAAAUAUUCGGCCGGAGGAUACCUCUAUUUACCGGAAUAAUCGGCUUUGUCGUCUUUCAGAUACCUGUUGCUGUCGCCAGUAACGUACAAACAAUUGUGAUCUGUCGAUUUAUAGGGGGCUGCUUUGGGGCAGCACCACUGGCAGUUGUUGGCGGGGGGUUGGCCGAUAUCUGGAAUCCGGUAGACCGGACAAUGGCCAUCUGCAUCUUCGCUGGAGGCACUUUUAUCGGCCCCGUGGGUGCACCUAUUGUCGGCGGCUUUAUUGUCGAUUCGCACCUUGGCUGGCGACGGACACUUUGGAUUACACUCAUAAUGUCUGUGUUCUUUAGUAUCAUCGGCUUUUUCACCAUUCCAGAAACCUCACCAUCGGCCAUUCUGCAACAUCGCGCUAAGAAUCUCCGUUAUCAGACGAAGAAUUGGGCACUUCACGCCAAGGCAGAUGAACACCGCGUAGAUCCAUGGUCCAUUGUCACUGUCUAUCUAGCGCGGCCAUUGACAAUGCUUUACCAGGAGCCAAUCCUCCUCCUCAUGACACUAUACAUGUCCUUCAUCUAUGGUAUUCUCUAUCUAUUUUUCGAGGCCUUUCCCAUUAUCUUCCAGGAGAAUCGUGGGUGGAAUGAAGGGGUCAGCGGUCUGCCCUUCCUAUCCAUUAUUAUCGGCGUCAUUAUGGGAUCCGUUAUAAUGGUUUAUUCAACGAAAACUCGCUUUGUGAGAAAAUAUCGAGAAAAUGGCAACAAAUUUGUCCCCGAGGAACGCCUACCACCCAUGGUCCUCGGCGCUAUCGUUCUCCCCAUCGGUUUAUUCUGGUUUGCUUGGACUGAUAAUCCUCACAUCCUGUGGGUACCCCAGGUCAUAGCUGCUGCGCCUGUUGGCAUGGGCAUCUUCAUCGGAUUCUGGCAAGGGCUCAAUUACUUAAUUGACUGCUAUGGACCUUCCUCGAACAGUGCCAUUGCAGGAAAUACCUUCUUGCGGUCUCUUGCUGGUGCCGGGUUCCCGUUGUUUGCUACUCCAAUGUAUCAUAAUCUCGGUGUUCCAUGGGCAACAUCUCUUCUCGCAUUUCUUUGUAUCGUCUUCGUCCCAGCACCUAUAGUGUUUUAUUACUAUGGUGCCCGUAUUCGGAGCUGGUCCACCAUGACUGCGAAGUAA